CACUCAAAGUCAUUAAAAGGAACAAAUUCGUAUUUUAGGUGUCGCAAAUAUAUAUCUCGAAUGGUUGCCGCGUUUUAUGGACGGAUUUUAACUUAUUCUAACUGCGAUAACCUAACUUUUCAGAGAAACGUACUUUUUACUGCUUCCAAAUAUGUAAAGAAACAAAUUUUUCAUGGCAUUUGACGCAAAUUUGCCAAAAAACCAUUGUCGCAUGGUACGAUUAAUGUAAUCAAACAAGAGCAAUUAUGCAACGUACGUAUGUAAAUUACAACAAAGGUCCAAUUUUUAGCGGAUGAUAGUAUCUUAACGGAAAUGCUGUAUUUUCUUUCAAAAGAACUGUGAUCGGCGACCCUUUUAUCAGCUUGUCCAGUGUCGCAUAAUUUCUGUCAGGUACGUUAACUCUAUCAUAUGUCUGGUGAAAAAAUGAAAGUAUUUAAGACAGCUUGCUUGUUUUGUUGUUAAUACUCUCUCCAUAGAUGCAUGUUUGUGGUUCAAAUAAGUCAAAAUGUAUAUAUAUGGUGGUGCAUGUGUGUAACUGGUUAAAACACGCCGAGUUUGUGUGUUACGAUAAAAAUAGUCAUGUACGUGAACUCUUUACUUUGAUUUUACUUUGAAGAACAGCAUAUGGUAGAUUAAAUGAGAUGUUAUAAAGUAGGGUAUCUAUACUAUAAUAAAAUUAAUAACAUUUUUUUUCAGCAUUUUAAAGCGGUUCUCAGCAUUAAAUAAAAAAAUCAUAUAAGACCGUCAGGAACGGUAAAUGUCAGGAACGUGAAUUAAUUAUCGGUAAACGAGUCUUAAUUGUCUUUUUUGAAUUGUAAGUGUUACGUCAUUGAUACAUUUACGUCACACAUUUAUUUCUACACGCUUGCGCACUUGAUUAAUAUUACACUUCCGUUGACCUUCAAUGUUGACGUCGCGGGAACAUUUAAACUUUAGAAAAAUAUAGACGAAGUGGAAAAAGUGAUCAUUGCAAGGUAGGUGAUUUAUAUAAAAUAUUUGUUUAUGAUUUCUAUUAAAUAAAGGAUGAUUGUUUAUAAUUUUGAACAUGUUUGGUGAACAUUUUUGAUAAAAAUAACAAUUCUUUAAAUCUGCAAAGUUUCAUAACGUACUUGACGGGUUAUUUAACGUACCUGACUUUAUUUCAGGUAUGGGAAAAACGAGGGCCCAGUAUCAAAAAGAGUAUCGAGAGAGAAAGAAGCUGCAAGAUAAGCACUAUCUCAAAAGAGAAAGGGAAAGAACCAAGAAGUACAAAGCACCAAUAGCAGCUUUGAGCAAAGAAAAGCAGUUUGAGCAAAGAGAAAAAAAUAAACUAUGGAAACGCAUAAGUAGAGAAAGACAAAGAAAUAAACUAUCAGAGAUUCAGACAAGUGAACAAGAAAAUGUAGUUACAAAUGAAAUAGAAAAAAAUGUAAGCCCCUUGAAAGUCAAAAUGAAUUUUAAUGUUCAACGUAGACCAAGGAGAAGAUCUAAAGCUUUAAGAACAGCAAACAGAAUAAUACACGACCUAGAACAAAAACUUGAAAAAAUAUCACGAGAAAAUAGAAAAUUGAGGAAAAGAAAUGAAAGAUUUUGUAAGAAACUCACAUCACCUAAAGCUAGUACCAGUAAGACGUGUACGGAUGAACAUUCAGACACUCCUAAUUCAAAAGCAAAAAGAGAUAUUCGUAACCUUGGUCUAACCCCUAAGAAAGUUCCUAGAUGUGUUAGGAAGAAAUUAGUGAUGGCAAAUGCAAUGUUAGAAGAAAUCAAGGCUUCGGGAAAGAAAAAUACUAACCAAAAGAGAAAAAGGGUUGUGGCAAAUAUAGUGAGCGGUAACAUUAUCAAGAAAUAUAAAUGCCUAAAUUUGCUCAGCAGAGAAACGGGAAUGGGAAGAAAGACUUUAAAAGGGGUGAACUCGAAGAAUAUUGAGACACUUGCGAGAAGAAGAAUGGCUGUACAAAGAGAAGCUGUAAAGAAAUUAGUUAUUGGAUUCAUGGAAAGGGAUGAUGUAAGUGUAAAUAUGCCUGGGAAAAAUGAUUGUAAGAAAAUAGAAAAAGGGGAGAAAGGAGAGAAGAAACAGAUACGCGUAUUAAACGACUAUCUUGUGAACUUAUAUGAAAAGUUUAAAUCAGAAAACCCAGAUGUUAAAAUUUCGCAGACAGUAUUCAAACGAUUACGACCAAAACACAUACUCCUGACAAAGAUGAUCUCGCGAAAUACAUGUUUAUGUACAAAGCAUCAAAACUUUGCAAUGAAAUUGAAAGCUUUAAGAUCUUAUGGUGUUGAAUUGUCAGCAAACCCAGAAACAGUCAGCAAAAAUGUUUCAGAAGAGGAGAUGAAAGUAAAGAUAGCAGCAAAGUUAGAGUAUAUUGAUGAAGUAAAAUACCAAGAAUGGAAACGUGUUGAAGUUGAUGGUAAAAAGAAGAUGAAAAUAGUUGAUACAAAUAUGAAUAAAAAUGAUUUCAAGGCGCACAUGGAGACACAAUAUAAAGAUUUUCUGGACCACGUUUACAGAGUUAAAACACAAUACUCAGCAAUCCGUACCUUAAAAGAAAAACUACCUGAAAAUGAAAUGCUAGUUCAUAUGGAUUUUGCCGAAAAUUUUACUUGUAGCAAUGCCGAUGAAAUACAGAGCGCUUAUUGGAAUGCUACAGGUGUUACAUUGCAUCCAGUUGUGGUAUACUUCAGAUUGGGCGAGGACCUUGAACACAAAAAUUACAUUUAUGUAUCUGAUGUCUCAAGUCACAAUUCAUCUGCUGUCUAUACUAUAUUGAAAAAGCUAGUGCCUGAACUUAAGUAUGUGUGCCCCGAUCUCAAAGUAAUACACUACUGGACGGACAGCCCAUCGUCACAAUAUAGAAACAAAUACAUGAUAGAUAUUGUUCAGUACCACCCAGAACUUUUCAAUGUAGCUGCCAGAUGGAAUUAUUUUGAAUCUGGACACGGGAAAGGCCCGUGUGAUGGUCUGGUUGGUGUAGCAAAAAGACAGGCUGCUGAAGCGUGCAAACAAGGCAAGGUCAAUAUACAAGAUGCCGUUGACUUCUACCAAUGGGCUUCAAACCAUGAAAAGCGUAUUAGAUAUGUAUUUUAUUCAGCAGCCGAAUAUGAUGCCACUGUGACGGAACUUGAAAAUAGAAAACCAAAAACAGUCCCAGGCACAAUGAAACUACAUGCAGUUUUUCCUAUUGGAAAUAUAUUGUAUACCGCAAGUGUUUCCUGCUAUUGUGAAACUUGCCUUCUUGGAUCUCCGUGUGAAAACUGGAUAGAAGUGUCAAGAGACAAAUGUUCACAUGAUAAAGUUGAACCAUGUGCUAGGAGCAAUAAACGAAAAUGCCAGUCACCUGAAAAAGUCGAUAAUGCAUGCAAAGUUAUAAAGACAUCAAAUGAAGAAAUUGAGACUGCUAACAAUGAUGUUCUUAGAAUCACUCAAGUUGAUGAUACUCCAGCUGCCGGAAAGUAUGCUCUCGUGAAUUGGGAAGGCGCUAUAUACCCAUGCCAUAUACUUACAAUUGAUGUCAUUAAAAUGAUCGCAGAUGUCUCUUUCAUGGAGGAAGCGAGUGCAAAAGCUGGUUGUAUUUUGUUUAGGUGGCCCAACAAACCGGAUAUUCAGAAUAUCAAUAUUUCACAAAUCGUACGAGUAAUUGUAAGCCUUCAGCAUGUAGCAAAAGUCGGAGACAGUUUCGAUUAAACCCAGAGGACUACGAGUAUCUUGGUUACGACAGCGACUAAGCUAUAUGCAUCAAAUACAAAUCUUUAACAUGUGCACAGUAUAGACACUAUUAAGACAGUUAAACAUUAAAAAAAACUUAGUUAUUUAUUCACAUUCAUAGAAAAUCAUACUUAAGCAGCGUAGCACAUUGUUAGAACUGUUUUCGUCAUCAGUUUACAGUUUUGAAACAGGUUUUUUACAAAUAUACAUAGUAACAUUAUGAAAAAUUUUAAUGUCAGGUACGUUAACGCUCAUCCUUAUAAGGUAAACAUUGUUAUUCUUUGAAUAAUGUAUAAAUAUUUCUCUUAAAUUGUUUGAAAAACGAUUUAUAAAAAAAUCAAUACAAGUGUUCAUGUACUAAAACAAAUGAUUGAGUUAUAUUUAUAGACUUACAUCUACAUUUCGACUACUUAGUAUUGAACAUUUUAUAGUUGGUUUCAAAUAAUUUUAUAAAUGGAUAUCUUAAUAUGAUGUUGAAGAUGUAAAAAGCAACAGUCAUUAAUUUAUAGGAAGUGAUGUUUAAAGUUUUAGUGUUAUUAACGUUGGACUUUGUGUCAUAUUUUUUACUAGUUGAUCUAUUUGUUAACUUUGCUUUUUUGGUCAGGUACGUUAAACAUUAGACCCUUUUUUAUAAACAUUCAAAAAGAAGAUAAUUUAUUGUAAAUGUAACAUUGACGGUAUAUUAUAUUUUCAUUAAAGAUCAAGGUUUAUGUUUAAGCUUUGUUAAUUGUUAUAGAAACACCAAACGUAAAAUCAUAACAUUGUGAUUGAAAGGAAUAUUUGUUUUCUUAUAAAAAUCAAUAUAAUGAAAAACUGAAGCCUUAUAAACGUUUACUUUAUUACAUUCAAAAUAUGUUUUGUGUGUUUUGCCUGUUAAUUGAAUAUUUACUUAUAAUAAUGAACCACCUAAAGAAUAAAUUAGUGUUAUAUUUCAAUGUCUAAUGUGCGACUCAUUCUACGUUAACGUACCUGACACAGUAUUUUUGGUGGUACUUUAAGUUGAUGUUUUUCUCAACGUGUUCAAUUGUUAAAGUGACCCACUAUUUUUUUUUCAGAUAGUUGAUAUGUUGAAUUAGUUAGAGAUAUAUAAACGUAAUAAAAAUAACAUAAAUAAAAUUUUGAUUGUUACUGAUUUGAAAUUGUUCCUUUUAUUGACUUU